AUGUAUGACAUCCAAAAUCGAUGUAUUCCAGUUACGUCCUGGAUAGUAACAACCUUGUUCGAAGCCACUAUCGAUUUGCUAGUCAACAAAGACAGAGAUAAGGCCGCGGAAAUUCUGAAAGACGGCGAUGUAACAGGGCAAAGAUUCCACUCCUUGAUCGUCCGUGAAAUAGACGACAUCAAGUCAAAGUUGGACGUGUUAUCGAGAAACGAUUUGCAAACGAGUUUCAGUUUCUUUGAGGAAGGAAUCGCGCUUUUGUAUGAAGUGUUUGACAUAGUAGAAUCUAGAAACGAGCUUGGUGCGGCAACAACACAAGUAGCUCGCGAUGACACAUUUUCUCUCGUUGAAGGAAUCAGAAAGUUAGAGCUUACUGGCUUGGACGAGUCUGCUGCAAGAAAGUUUUCCGCUGCAAAGAAAAGAUUCAAAGAUGCUCGAAGGGAAGCAACGAGGGCCUUUAAAAACGAAUGCCUCAAAACAUCUGACCGCAUUCUGGCCAUGAAGUGUCGAGUAAUGGCAACGAUAUUGGAAACAGUGGACAAUCCCUCUGAUGCACUGGCACCAUGUGGAGUGUGUGUAAAGGAACUUAACAGUCUGUCAGCAGUACAGAAUAGCUUUGACGUUCAGUUCAAGACAGGCAUUCAGAAAGUGAGGGGUUUAUUUGGUAAAGAGGAAAGAAGGGAAAUAAUUUUCAAUGUUUGUCAUGUGAAUCGCGUGAUCUUUGAUAUCGCGCUCGCAUUGGGGAGACUUGACUUCAACCUGAGUGUUGAUAUUGGAGAAAAUAAAGUUAUUCCAUUGUGUGACGCGAGAGUAAAAGACUUGUUAGACAGACAUGGUAAAGAGUAUUGUUGUGUUCCACCAAAGCCAUUUGGUCAGGGGGGUAAAGAGGAACACAAGCUGAAGCACCCGAUGGCUAUCGCUACAAACUCCAGCGGAGAAUUUAUUAUUACAGACUUGCAUCACGUGAAGGUGUUUGACAACAGCGGCAAUUUUGUGAAACAAUCGAGUCUCUCUACCGAUGAAGCAAAUCGAACAUUUGCUUUUGAAGUCGCCACAGACAUGAGUGACAACAUCUUCGUGCUGAUUGAACUGGAGAAGCCUCGGAGUGAGUUAUCUUAUUGGGUUUAUAAACUUACUAAAACCGCUGACCUGCAUCACGCAUUUCGUCUGAGGGGAGAAGGCAAGUAUAGAGGACUGUCAGUCAGUGAUAAAGGGAAAGUGGUGACCUUGCGGGGAGCGAAUACAGUGGAGGAAUAUGACACUGAUGGAGAGUUUGUUCGUAGUUUUGGACUAGGAAUAAUAAGUUCAGCGCGGGAUAUUAUUGUUGCUAAUGACGGCCUUGUUAUGGUACUAGGUGACUACUAUGUUCACAUAUUCAGUGAAUCCGGCGACUAUCUUGACAAGUUCAAACUGCAACAACGUGACUGUGAUUACACAAGCAUUACAUUUCACCGAGCAGGUGAACAAGUCGUCGCCGCCGGUAUUCUUGCAAGAAACCUCCUGCAGGUUGAAAUAUACAGUAAAGAUGGUGAGUUUGUGUACUGUGCAGAAAUGGCAAUUGAUGGUUGGUUCCGUAAUUUGAGAAAGAUUACGUUGACAACCAAGGGACGCAUUGCUUGUGUUGCAGAUGGUAAGGUAUUAAUUUUUUGAAGAGGGUGGUAAAGGGGAGGUCCAAAAAGUAGAAAAAUUUGUUAAACAACUUUAAGAUUCACGUUUCUCUAAAAGAAAAAAAUUCACAGUUCACAUGGUCUUAAUUUCAUAUUGUUACAAUUCAUGAAAAGUAAAAAGUCACUUGUUUAAUCCUGCAUCAUCCAAAAGCCUCUCUUUGAACUGCUGGUUUUGAUGGUUUCUUGUUUUUCUAAAUUGUUCAGUUAUCAUUUUUGGCUGAAUUCAUUCUUAAGAGGUAGUUUAUUUCCAUAUUUCUUUCUUGACAUUAAAUUUCCAAAGUGUACCCAGCUUUUAUCAAGAUUUUUGAAAGAUUAUAUGAAGUGUUAGUUUUGAUUGUGAUGACUUUAAUGACAGAACAUUUAGUUUCCUUCUUAGUAUGUAAACGAACAGUCACAUGUAUUUGAAACAUUUUACUUACAUGUUAAUAUUGCAUAUUAGGGUUCCUUUUUGGAGGGAGGGUUGGGAAGGAUUUGCAGAACCUUGGAAUGACAAUGAUUUUAUUUCCUGAUUAAACUCUUGGCUAGGUUGGUUGGUUUUGACUUUGCCUCUCGAUGCAUUACAAGUUUGUUAUUGUUUCAUGUUUUAUUAUAGGCUGUUUAGCCUAAUUCUUUAUACAUUGAAAUUAUUUUAUUUUCAAAUAGUGAAAGUUUUAGCCAAAAUUUAAUGCAUUUUAUUGCAAAUUGUAGUCAGAAAUUUCUAUAAAAAUUCUUGUGUAGUUACAUAAAAAUUGUUUGAUUUGUAAAAUAGCAAAACUUUGCUUGAGAGGGUUUUUGGUCAGGUAUCAAGUUGAAGAUAAAUAUCUAGCCAAUACAAGCUUGUUCACUUAAUUCAUAGGGAAACCCUUUCAUAGUUUUAUUUCAUGCAAUGGAGUUAUUGAAAGGAAUGAUAGAAAAUUGAAAAAGUAUGGUUUUAGCAGAGACAAUUUAAAAAACCAGUUCAGUAAAUGUGGCCUGUCAUUCCUGUUUAUUCCUUUGGUAAUGUAUUAAAACAAUUUUUACUCAAAUCCUAAGAUUUUUUCCCUGCCAUUUUCAGGAUGUUGAUUAGUCAUUGCACAAUAGAGAAUUAUCUAGUUACUGUGCAUGUGCAUAAUUUCCAAGUCAAAUUUCAAUUUUCUGAGCUAUUUUUUCUUUUGCUUAUGAAGUUUAUUCUCCUGCUACUAAUAGAACAUCUUUCAAGAAGACUCUUCAUUUUGCCUCUAGCAGCACGUAUUUUGAGAUGUGUGAUACUGUAAGACUGUGAUUAUCAUUCACUUACCAGGUGAUCAAUGUCACAAGUAAACAAGUUACUUUGUUAGUAUUAUUAGUAGUCUGAUUAGUAUACUUAUAUUAUGGAAAAUGCUGAACAACUUUUAACCCUUUAAAUCCCACAAUCUGAUAAUAACUUCUCCU